GAUAAGCAAAGUUUUAUUCUAUAAACAGGAAUACUGAUUAGAUAUUUAACUUAUAAAACAUGGAUGUAUCAGCGCACACGCUUUCCCUUCAACAAACUUUAAAGGGAGUUGAAGCCAAAUUGUUAUUUCUCGGCAAUGGGCCACAUAAUGCCCAACAAGCUAACGAACAUCAAACUUUAACAGCUUUAAAACAACGUCUUAUGGAACAAAUACAAGCAUCAAUACAAACCACGGGCCAGCAGCAGCAACAGCAAACCUCUCAAAACACAGCAGUGUUGACGAACCCAAGCCCCCAAUCUUCGUCACCCCUAAUAACGCCACCCACCCUACCAAACCAAACUGUAGUCAAACCUGCAAUUUCCCAACUUCCACAAGUUGUCCUCAGCAAGCCAAGACCACCAGCCCCUCAGUUUAUCACCCAAGUACCACAGGAAAAAGAUAACAAGAUUCUUAACAGACAGAGGUUGCAAGAAUUGAUAAGAGAGAUUGAUCCGGCUGAACAACUGGAUGAAGACGUUGAAGAGAUGCUAAUGCAAAUAACGGAUGAUUUUAUUGAAAACGUUGUAUCCGCAUCAUGUGAGUUAGCAAAACACAGGAACUCAAAUACAUUAGAAGUUAAGGAUCUAAAGUUACACCUAGAUAAACAAUGGAAUAUUUCAAUACCUGGUUACGGUUCAGAAGAAAUUAAGCCAUUUAAGAAACCAACAACAGCGGAUGCUCAUAAACAACGUUUAGCGCUUAUUAGAAAAGCUAUCAAAAAAUGAAUGUCCUAAUUGUCAAUACUAUUGGUCAAGAUAAGCUAAAAGCAGUGCAAUUUGUGAAUUGCAAAUGUAUAUUUUCCAGAUUGGCAUAGACUGAAUCUUUGUCGAAAACAUUACAUUUUGCUGGAAUGCUAUUAGUUUACUUUUGCGUUGUUUAUAUUUUCUAAAUGGAAUGGUAUAAAAUACUGGCGUAAUCAAAAGUAUUUUGAACUAGUAAGCAGGUUUAAAUUAUGUGUUUAAUAUAUGAAUAAACUUUUCUAAUUAUCAUAAA